GACCCACUGUGCCACGAGAUCUGUACAAUCGGGGACAUAUGCGUUGCACGCACUGCCAGCUGCGAUUGCAUGCAACCGCCGAAGGCGACACUGAUUCAGCCGCAACGGGGGUUCAGACAGUAUAGCUCAGACAUAUAUAGCUCAGAAAACGGGCGGGCACAUGCCACGCGCUUCCUGUUCAGUCCGUCGAACUUGCUCGGCGGCAGCAGAUCGAUUGGGAUGCGAUUCAGGACGGCCAUAGCCAUAGGCCGUAUAGUGCCACCUCGUGUUUUGGGGCUAAUGGAACUGAACGAUGACUGUCUGCUGAUGAUUUGCGAACAUCUUGCGCUGGGGGACCAACUGAGAUUAAUGGAACUGCAGCAGGAGCGACUAUGCAAUCUGGUACACCGACUGUGGAGCAGCCGAUAUGCUAAGCAGUUUGAUUUUCGCCGGGAGUAUCAAUUAAAGCUACUGGAACCCGAUGAGCAGGCUCAGUUAUUGGAUCAUUUGGGCCGGCGAACAAGAGCCUUGAUUAAUCUGCCAGGCACCGGCGAAGGUUGCCGGAAGUGGCUCAAAGGCCAUCGAUCAGGCCUCAACCACUUAGAAAAACUAACGUUCACCAAAAGCAAUAGUUUUGUGAUACAAAACCUGCCCAACCUGAGCUCCAACUUGGUGGACCUGAGCCUGGGAAAGGUCGAGGACUUAACACCCUUUGAUCUGGACGUGCUGUUCAAAAACCUACAAAACCUCAGGACAUUUGAGCUACGCUGCAACUGCAAGUGCAAACAAUUGAAGUCCCAGUAUCCCAGUAACCUGGAAACACUGAAACUACCAGCCUGCAUGGUAAACGCCAGUGUCACUGAGAUCUUCCAAUUGCCUCGACUUCGCCAAUUGACGGCUUUUCUGUGCCAAAAUUCGGGGCACGGCCACCUGGAUUAUGGCAAAGCAAAUGGUAGUGCCACAGGAACCUUGUCCGCGUGCCUGCAGCAAAUUCGCGGACAACGCAACUGUCGCAUUGUGGGACUCCGGCUGCAGUGUCGACUGGAUGACAGGAUGCCAGUCGUCAGAGGCGCCGAGGAUAUAUUCCGGUUGCAAUACUUCGCCUGGCACUCGCAGCUGACGGUGCACUUUGAUGUGGCGGAUGGGAGCGUUAAGUGGUUGCCGCAGCGACCGCAGGCGGUACGCUCCCUCCUCCGAUUCCUUGCCGCCCAGGCGUCCAGUUUGCGGGAAUUGGAUUUCACGCGUAACGCACAUGCCACGCCCACAUUCCUCGCACAGCUAGACGCCCACUUGAAGUGGGCCGGCGGAUGUGCUGAUGUGGCCCCACUGACAAAUACGAAUACAAAUGCGGAUACGGAUGCGGAUGCGGAUGCGGAUUCGGCUGAGACAAACGAUUUGGCGUUUGUCGAGCUGAAAUUGCUGCAUUUGCCUAAUGAACAAACGGAAGCGAACACCGGAGAGAUGACAGCGAUGAGGAAUUAGUCCGCAGGAUAAUGGAUGGUGCAUCCGAUCCGAUUGCUGACUAUAAUGGGCGUAUAAUAGCAAAUUAAGUGAAUAUUGUCUACAGGGGCUGGAAAAUGGGGAUUUACAUUUAGCAUAGCAAUAUUGUUUUAUUUUGGCUAAGAAACUAGAAAGUUUGAUAAGAAAAUUAAUGAAAUAAAUAUAUUUUAAUUCAAGUCAA